CUAUCACUAUCUUUCCUUUGUCUCAUGCAAAUGUCAGUCUAACAGUGAGAGCUUGUAGCAAUUGUGAAUGAAUGGGUGCCGUCACUACUGCCUUUAUCAGGCAGUCAUGGCAAUGCCCUGUUCUGUCCAGACAAGCUCCGCAGGGAAUAUCAGACGGGAGAAAUGAUCACUUGUUUGCAUUCAUUGUACAGUUGAGUUAAUUCAUUCACAGUUUCUCUAUCUGACAGGUGGCCGGACCUUUCUCUAGUCCCCUCCUUCCAUAUUUCAACCAUGGUGAUACCUCUCACCUUCCCCUCACUUACCUCCAUAUCCUCAAUAUAUUUCUCCAACCCCAAAUUCAGUACCACUACUCCAUCACUAUGCCCUCACGCAGGAUCACAAACUACUACGCUAUUCUGGGUAUAUCCCACAACGCGAGCGCAAAGGAUAUAAACAGCGCGUACAAGAAGCUCGCGUUGAAGUACCAUCCAGAUAAGAAAACCACCACCACCACCACCACCACCAGUGAUGAUCCCUCUGCGGACGAGUUUCAGAAGAUUCAGGAAGCCAUCGAAACCCUCCGAGACCCCAUCCUCAAACAAUCCCAUGAUGACAAGCUUCGCCUCAACGGCUACCGCUUCUCGGAUUUCCCCGACAACGAUCACAACGACCCGCAGGGAACAACCUGGCGCACUACACAAGCGUAUCCCUACAACCCAUGGGAUCCUAGGGCACGUUACAUGUACAGUUACGGGAAUAGUGUCCAUAUGGACCCAUUUUCACCUGAUUCGUUGGCCGAGAAGGCUCGUGUGCAGGUUGAAAUUCGUGUCGGGGAGAUGUUGAGGAAAGAGGCGGAGAUGAGGGAGGCUGCUGAGGCGGCCGCUGCCGCUGCUGCCGCUGCUUCUGAGGAGAAGGGGGAGGCGGGGGCGGAGGGUGGUGAUUAUGAUGAAGAAGAAUAUGAGGAAUGGAUUGGGUUUAAUUGGGAAGAGAGACCUCAGACGUAUGAGGAGUUUAUGGAGUUUCUAAAGCAGGAGGAGAAGGAGAAGGCGGAGAGGAGGAGGGCUGCGAUGAGGGCCAAUGUCGAAAAGGACGAGGAGAAGCUGAGGAGGGAUGGAGAGGACGAAGGCGAGGAGGCUGAGGUUCUAACGGACUUCGUGAGGGGAUAUGAUUUUGGGCACUGUUGGCGGUCCAAGGAGGCGGGCUUGUCGGUGCCGAGGGAGUAUCAUGAUGACUUCUAUUCUGAAGAUGAAGACGACCAGGGCGUUUAUUGGGAAGGGUAUGGGGUGAAAGAAGAAGAUGAUGACAGCGACAGUGAUACCGAUGAUGAAAAGGAAGUCAAUCCUAACAAUACCAACAGGGACGAGAACAACGACUCCGACUCCGACGAAGAUCACAAUGGGAACCCUUUGGGCCCCAACACCACCGACCAACCCCCCGACACAUAUUACCACUCCGACCACGACUCCUACAGCUACUACGACGACUCGGACGAAUACGACGACGAAGACAACGACUGCGUCGAUCUCUACUCCUACGACGACGCAGCAGAGAACAUCCCAGACGAGCGGUCAAGCACCGAAUACCUAACCGCCCGCCAGUCCUCCCCCGACAGCCAGACAAAAUCCGGCGUCAGUACCAGCGGAGGCGAAUCCGCCAUCUUCUACGACUUCAGCGAAGAGCUCACUUGCCUUGCCGUCCCCGACGAAACCCCCAAGAGGUCCACCCCCGGAGUCAACCUCGACCAUGCUCCCGGCUACCUAACCCCCUUCAUCCCGCACUUCAAGAACAAACUCUCCCACCCUAGCGGUCGCUACACGGCCCAGGACCUCCUAACCGAAGUGACGGGUAUGAUCCUCGAGAUCUACUGCGACUGGCUUGAAAGUAUCCGUCUUACAGUGCCCGAGGCGAAACCGCUCCAGAAGGGACAGGAACCCCAACACUGCCUCCACCUGGGCGGUUGGGAGAAACACUUCAACAGGACCUCAUGUGACGAAUGCCAGCUCUGGAAGCCUCUUUACACGCUGACUUGUCCGGGAUGUGGGAUUGAGGCGUGCGUGGGAUGUAAGUUCAGUGGUUGCUGCGUCCGGUAGCGUACUUCAGUUGGCUCCAUGCUUUCAAUUUGGUCUGAUGCGUUGGCUGUCGGGGUUAUUAAUUGAUUCUAUCGAGUUCAGAACUGACAGCGUUGUUUCUUCCGCCACGAUGUGGUUGCAGCUAUUACGAGGGUUGUAU